AUGCCCCCAAACAAUAAGAAAAAGAAGAAGCCCGCCUCCAAUCCGGCGCGGGGCUUUGCAACGGUCUCCGUGCCCUCUAAACCAAAGCCAGAGAGUAUAGAUACACCCUCAUCAACCGCCACAGAAUCAAAGCCUACUCCACAGAACGAACCACAGCCCGUAGACAAAGAAGACGGUCCUGCAGAGUCGGGCACAGAACAAUUACCCCCUUCGCUACAGAAUUACUCCCCGGAGGAGCUCGAGAAACACUUGGAAGAGGCAGAGUUACAAAUUCUAGUUGAUAAAUAUUCAGCAAAAUGCAAGGGUGACGCGGUGCGUCAAGCCACGAAGCUUGACACGGAACGACGUGUCUUUCGGCAACAAUCAGUGACGCUGGGCCUCCUUGAUUGGCUUCCGGUCGAUAUACAGGAUAGAAUUCUGGAGCUAGCUGACUCUGAAGAGCACGAUUACCUUACAUCGAAUGGACGGAGUGCAAGUGUAAAGCAGGAUAGCUCCGAAGAAGAGCUCUUGGUCAAGCUCUGGACAUUGCAGGAGACGCUACUCAAGCUUGGAUUUGCCGAAAAUCGAGUUGAGGAAGCACUGAAGCACAUUCUGACUUACUUCAAAGAGACCCCCACUAGUGCUAGUCGAGAAAUUGUAUGGAAUCUUGACGAAACUCUGGAGUGGUUGGCAAAGCACAGCGAUAAGAAAGACCUGCCUUCAUAUACUCAGACAAACUCUCGCCCUCAAAAAGACGCAGAGGUCACAUCAUGGAUGAUUGAAUCAGAAGCAUCGAGAUCCUCGACUCCCAGUAACACCCAGAAUGGCACGAAACAGGAAAAGCCCAAAGCUGCCUGGAAAGCUGCAAAGGUUGCGCCCCCAAUUUCAUAUGACUCGGACAGUUCAAUCGACCCAGAUACCAUGGUUCCUGAGUGGCUGGAGCUACAAACAAAGCUAUACGGCCUUCAACCAGACCUUUUCGACCGUCCAAGUAAGGGCAAAAAGAACCGUGGCGGAGGAACAACUCAAUCCGAUGACCCUGAGGCGGCCAAACUCCAGCGCAAGAUUGCCAAAAUAGAACGCGAUGUUCUUUUUGAGCGUCAGGAAGCAGAAUAUAUUUGGAAAGAUAAGCUGGAAGAACUUCGGAAGGAUGCUGCAUUUCUUCGUCGGCCAGUCGAGCGAAAGAAAGAUGAACAAGAACCGGAACCCGAGCCGGAACCGGAGGACCCCAACCUCACCGUGCCAUCCCUUGAAGAAAUGGAUGAAGCUGCAGGCCUUCUCGGUGACAUGUUCCAGGAUGAGCCCGAUGGCUCAGGGUCAAUAUUAGGUCUGCCGCCUCCCGAUGUUGGAGCCAAGAUCACGCUUCGGGAUUUUGGAAAGUCCACCGGUCUCAGUCCUCGACGAGUUCUGGAAGAAACCUGCAAAGCACGAGACUCUUCCUGUAAAGUGGUUUACCAAGACUUUUCGUCCUCGAGUCACCAAAAUAGAAAGGCCGUUGAAGUUCGUUGGUCGAAACCACAGGAAAGCCCCUUUCUGCUGAAUGUGGAUUCAGUCACACAUAAGUCGAACUCUAAUGCUACAUUUGUUUCGAUGGACUCUGUUGCAACACCAGAUGCCCAGCAGGCAGAGGGAUUUGUUUCAACGCUUGCACUAUUCAUUCUAUUCCCUCAGAAUUCUAAAGAGGGCAAAGCUUAUCUGCGGAUCCCUGCCGUCUGGAGGGAUCUUUGGACCGAGUUCUCAAAUCUGAAGAAGACACAAGAGGAUGAGAUUGACAAAUCUAUAGUCAAGGGUCUAAGAACUCUUGCACAGGAUAACCAUGGUACAUUCGAGGAUGAUGUCGUGCUGCUGGACAACUUCCGCAAGAGGAAUGGAACCGGCUCUAAGCCUGGUAGCCCAUUGAAAGGCAACAUCCGUGAGAACUACAUCAACCAAGAUGAAAGGAUAAGGGAAGCUUGGGAUGCCAAAGCAUCAACCCAAUCUUUCCACAAGAUGAUGCCAGGCCGAAUGAAUCUUCCAAUCUGGAGCUUCAAGGAUGAGAUUUUGAGCACGUUAGAUACGCAUCAAGCCCUCAUCAUUUGCAGUGAGACUGGAAGUGGAAAGAGUACACAGAUUCCGUCCUAUAUUCUUGAGCAUGAAAUGCUUCAAGGCCGUCGUUGCAAAGUCUAUGUGACGGAGCCACGCCGAAUUUCGGCGAUCUCGCUUGCUCGGCGAGUCAGUGAAGAACUUGGAGAAAGCAAGAACGAUGUGGGGACUAUGCGAUCCCUCGUUGGUUUUGCCGUCAGACUGGAAAGCAAGAUCAGCUCGUCCACUCGCCUUGUCUACGCGACUACUGGUGUUGUUGUACGCAUGUUAGAACGACCGGAUGAUUUCCAAGAUGUCACCCACGUUGUUUUGGAUGAAGUCCACGAGCGAACAAUUGACAGUGAUUUCUUGUUGGUCAUUCUGCGGAGAUUAAUGCAGAAGCGGCCUGAUUUGAAACUCAUUCUCAUGUCUGCAACACUCGAGGCACAGCGCUUCUCGAACUAUCUUGGUGGUGUACCAGUUCUCAAUAUCCCCGGCCGAACUUUUCCCGUGGAAAUGAAGUAUCUUGAAGAUGCAGUCGAGAUGACCAAUUAUCGCUUAUCUGAAGAUGAUGCCAACACCACUGUAGAUGAGGAUAUUGACGAGACUGAAGAUUCUAGCGCUGACACUGCUGGAGGGCUACAAGCAAGUCUGGAAAAAUACUCAAAGCAAACACGAGAAACGGUAGCCAAGUUUGACGAGUACAGGCUGGAUUACCAGUUGAUCAAGAGAUUACUUCUUAAGAUCGCUACCACUCCUGAUAUGGAGCGCUACAGCAAAGCCAUUCUAGUUUUCAUGCCUGGUUUAGCUGAAAUUCGUCGUUUGAAUGAUGAACUUCUCGCAGAAACCACUUUCCAAAAAGGUUGGAUUGUCCAUGCCCUUCACUCAUCCAUUGCCAGUGAAGACCAAGAAAAGGCCUUUAACAUCCCCCCUGAGGGUAUGAGAAAGAUUGUUAUCGCCACGAACAUCGCGGAAACAGGUAUCACAAUUCCGGACAUCACUGCUGUGGUUGACGCUGGAAAGGAAAAGAUGAUGCGCUUUGACGAAAGACGACAGCUCUCUCGACUGGUCGAGUCAUUCAUUUCCCGAGCGAACGCUAAGCAACGACGUGGUCGAGCUGGUCGUGUCCAGGAGGGUAUCUGCUUCCACCUCUUCACGAGACACAGGCAUGACAAAUUACUUGCUGGCCAACAAACGCCUGAAAUGCUUCGACUGUCUCUUCAAGAUCUGGUUCUGCGAGUCAAAAUCUGCAAGUUGGGCGAGGUAGAACAAACCCUCUUAGAAGCUCUGGACCCGCCAUCAUCCAAGAACAUCCGCCGUGCUAUUGACUCUCUCAAAGAAGUCAAGGCUCUCACCAGCAAUGAAAGUCUCACACCACUAGGAUCACAGCUCGCCAAGCUGCCACUCGAUGUCUUCCUGGGCAAGUUGAUCAUGCAUGGUGCAUUCUUCAAAUGCCUGGAUGCAGCUGUCAGCAUUGCGGCCAUCUUAUCAUCCAAGUCGCCUUUCGUCAAUACCAUGGGCUCAAACUCGCAGCGAGACGCAGCACGAAACUCAUUCCAAAGAGGCGACUCUGAUUUAUUAACGGUGUACAAUGCAUAUUGCUGCUGGAGGCGUGCACGCAGCACACCCGGCUCAAAUGAGUUCUCCUUCUGCAGGAAGAACUUUUUGAAUCCGCAGACCCUUCUGGGAAUUGAGGACGUCAAAAUGCAGUUGGUAGUUUCAAUUGCUGAUGCAGGUUUACUAAGCUUAGAUCCUUCCCAGAAAACCGCGCUGAACAAGGCCCGAUCUGGAAACCGAAAUCGCCAGCUCUUCAUCAUCCCUGAAGAACAUGAUAUCAACAGCAAUAACGACGUCGUUGUAAACUCUGUCGUCGCUUGGAGCUUUUAUCCCAAACUCCUCACUCGGGAAGGAAAGGGAUGGCGCAACGUUUCCAACAACCAAACCGUUACUCUUCACCCAACAUCCAUCAAUAAACGUGCUGAUUCGGCUGUUAAAUGGCUCUCGUACUAUCACAUUAUGCAAGCGCGUAACCGCAACUUGAACGCCCAUGAGACUAGUGCUGUGGACGAUUUCGCAAUUGCCCUGCUUUGUGGCGAAGCCGAGUUCAAGAUGUACUCUGGGGUUAUAUCUAUCGACUCAAACCGCAUUCGCUUCGCUUUGCGAGAUUGGAAAUCCAUGCUUGCACUUAAGGUUCUGAAUGCUCGUCUUCGUGAGCUGCUAGCUACCACAUUUAAGAAUCCUCAUCGCCCAUUGUCUUAUAAGCAGCAACAGUGGUUGGAGAUCUGGCAACAGAUCUUCUCGCAGGCUGGUAAGCGUAAGGCUUUGCCAGCUUAG